AUGCCGCAGAAGCGGGGUGUGUCGACGCCUAAGAGUCAAAGUAGCCAAGGGCAUCAAGCGAAAAGAGAGGCUGUAGACGAUAGGCCAUUCUUGUCUACUUCAUUGACUCUAACUAUCGGGGUCUUGAUAAUAGGAGCCCUGAUCCCUUUCGCUUAUGGAAUUUUUGGUGAGACAAAGCCUAAGACGGCUGUUAUCGACCUGGAAAGGUUACCAGAAACAGCUCAGGCAAUUGACCAAAGACGCUUCAAUGUCCUGGAACGUGUUCCACCACCCAGCGAAGCCAAUGCUACAACGAGGUUUCUGUGGCCGGGAGUCACACACGAAUCUCUUUUGGAACGACCAUUCCACGUCUACGAUGCUGAGUUUCUAGACGUCAUCGGGAACAAUCCAACAUUGACGCUGCUCGCCACCUCUGACAAGGACCCUAUCUUUCAUGAGGCUGUAGUAUGGAAUCCACCCACUGAUGAAGUAUUUUUCGUGCAAUCAGCUGGAUCUCCAGACGCCGGGACGGGUCUAGAGAAGUCAUCCAUUAUCCAGAAGAUUUCCCUAGCAGACGCUGAAGCGUUACGAAAUGGCUCGCAUACACAAAGUGGAACAAACUACAAAGGCCAAAUCAUCUUUGCAGGCGAAGGCCAAGGAGAAAACAUCCCUUCAGCUCUUUACCUAAUGAAUCCGGAAAGGCCAUACAACACCACAAUGCUUGUGAACAACUACUUCGGAAGGCAAUUCAACUCAAUUAAUGACGUUUCCAUCAACCCACGAAACGGGCACAUCUACUUCACUGAUACAAUGUAUGGCUAUUGGCAGCAUUUUCGUCCUGAGCCGGGAUUGAGAAACCAAGUUUAUCGUCUUGAGCCAGAUACAGGAGCUUUGACUGUUGUCGCCGACGGCUUCGCUGCCCCAAAUGGCAUAACGUUUUCUCCAGAUGGAAGGCACGCAUAUAUCACUGAUACAGGCCUGAGCAAUGGGCUUUUCGGGGUGAAUCCUACCAGUCCCGCAUCAAUCUACCGAUUCGAUGUUCAGAAGGACGGAUCUUGGGAUAGUCGCAAGACUUUUGCAUACGUGGGAUCGCGUUUACCUGACGGUAUCCAUUGUGACUCAAAAGGUAAUGUCUAUGCAGGAUGCGGCGAUGGUGUCCACGUCUGGAAUCCUUCAGGCAAACUCAUCGGGAAAAUAUACACGGGCAUGAAUGCAGCCAACUUUCAAUUGGUAGGAAAUGGUCGGAUGAUUAUAAUGGGAAGGACGAAACUGUUCUUUGCUACAAUUGCUGCAUCUGAGGCCCCGUUGAGUUGA